UCUGUUUCAAAAAUGAAAUCAAUCUUUUUGACCCUACCUUGGCUUCAAAAUUCUCACUCAAAUGUCAUGACUCCAGAAUUCAUAAUCACUACCCCACCCAUCAUAUCAAUCACAUCCCUCUUCUCUUCUCUUCUCUCUUUCUUUGCUCCCACAUCAAAUGAUACUACUCUGCUAAAACCAUCCAAACAACUCCUGCAACUUGCUUGCCACAAAACCACAUCCGUGCCCACUUUUCCUGUUCAUCUCCAUUAUGUUGUUCUGCAUUUUCUUUUCUUUUUCACCUUCUUCACUUUCACUACUCACUCUGCUUCUUCUCUUUCUCCCCUAUUUUUCCAUCCUUCAUGCAACCAAUGACAUUCUUCCUUCCGAAGCUGACACCCUUUUCGAGAUUAUGGAUUCUAUGUCUUCUGAUCAAUCUUGGAGAACUUCUUACCCUAACCCUUGUAGUCCUUUGUCUCUUUGGCCUGGAAUUGAAUGCAAAUUAGGUCCAGAUAACCAUCUUCAUGUCUCUAGGCUUGAUUUUGGUACUCCUCCAAACCCAACAUGCAAGUCUAUAGCUACAUUUCCAAACAAAAUCUUUUCUCUUCCUUACCUUCAGUCUGUCUUUUUUUUGAACUGUUUCACUCAUACAAAAACCCUUCUCUCUGUUUCAUCAGAUGGACUGAUUAUGUUUAAUUCUUCCCUUCAACAACUCAGUCUUAGAUCAAACCCUGCUCUUUUUGGUCCAAUCCCACAUCAGUUUUCCUUGCUAAAGUCUCUACAAAUCCUUACAUUGUCACAAAAUCAUCUUUCUGGACCUAUUCCUGUUGGAAUUUUUAGUUUGAGCUCUUUAGUGCACCUUGAUUUAAGCUACAAUAUGCUUACAGGGGCUAUACCAACGCAAUUGGGUAAUCUUUAUAAUUUAGUGGGCCUUGAUCUAAGCUAUAAUUCCCUCACUGGUCUAAUUCCAGACACAGUUGGCCAACUGGGAAGGCUUCAAAAACUCGAUUUGAGUUCAAAUUCACUUAUUGGUAGGAUUCCUGACAGUAUACAGAAGCUCAGUUCAUUAGCUUUCAUGGCUUUGAGUAACAACAGAUUCAGGGGAUAUUUUCCAACAGGAUUGCAGAACUUACAAAGUUUGCAGUACUUCAUCAUGGAUGAUAACCCAAUGAAUAUUCCUCUGCCAGUAGACUUAAGUAAGCUAGUGAAACUACAAGAGCUCAGGCUUGCCAAUUCAGGGUAUUCAGGCACUAUACCAGCCAGCUUUUCACUGUUGACGAAUCUUAGCACUCUUUCUCUUCAAAACAACAGGUUGAUAGGUGAAAUCCCUCCAGAUUUUGGCAGUUUAUCUCACAUUUAUCACUUGAAUCUUAGCAGAAACUUAUUGGGCGGAGUUGUGCCUUUUAAUGCAAGUUUCUUGAAGAGGCUUGGACGGAAUUUGGAUCUAAGUGGUAAUCCAGGCCUAUGCUUGAAUCCAACUGAAGCAUAUAAUGUCAAGAUUGGAAGUGGGGUUAGUGUCUGUAGCAGCAGCAAGAAUGGUUCUUUGAACAAGAAAUCUCAAGCUUCUAAUGGGUGUUCCAUACCGUUCUUUUUCUUUGGUGGCCUGCUUGUUCAUGGAUUGAACCAAAUAAUAUUUCUAGCAUGAUAUUGUAAUCUGUGUUCCUUAAUUACCUUUGCUGGUUCCAUUUAGCUUACUCUCAGUUAGUUCUGUAUCAUGGAUAAACUAGUAAUUAUAUCUGAUAGAAUUUAGAUAAAGGCUUUGCGGUUUUGUUUGCA